CGUGGUUCUGAUAAAUAUAGCUGGCUGUGUAUAAAACGGCGAUAAACUAAACUUUUGCGUCAUUUUAGUUUGAAUUUGGAAUCAGUGCGGUUCAGUAUUUUUGCUGUUCGUUAUUCACGAGAAGUUUGCGAGUGUUGGAAUCUCAUCAAGAUUCAAAGAUGAAGUUUACAUCACUACGGCAGUGUAUCAAGAGCAAAAAUGUCUGGUCUCCGCAUAUAUUGUUAGACUGUGACCUCGUGGUAGAUGGAGACAGCUUCUUCAAGGACUCCUACAGGAGCAGUGAGUGCCAGUACAUCCUUGGACCUGAAUGCGACAGGUACGCAGACUUCAUUAGAAAAAAACUCACUACUUUCCUGGACAGUAAUAUCAAAUGCCAUUUUAUCUUCAAAGGCGUCACAAAAUCAAGCAUGGAUAAAAGAAAGGAAAUUCACGAAAGCAUAAUCUGCAAUCGAACUGCCACUAACAUAAACAUGGUACCUUAUUUCCAACCGCUUUUCGUUCGAGAUGUUCAAAAACAAAUUCUAGAAGAAAUGGACAUCAAAUAUUUCGUCUGCGAAUAUGACUCUAUGGAAGCAAUCAUUGGUGUUGCCACAAAAUUAAAAUGUCCCGUUCUAACGGAUAAGAUAGAGUACUCCCUGUUUGUAGGUGUGUCGUGCAUUCCUACGAAAUCCGUCUUACGUGUAAAUGGAUCUAAAAGCUUGAUUUGUACAAUAUAUGAGAAUGAAAAGGUGAAAAACGCUUUUGGUGUUUAUAACAAGACGCCUAUGUUACUGGCUUUGCUGAAUGAAAAUGGAGCCCAUUUUGAAAAUUUAAAAGAACUUAUUGUCGAUAUGGAAAUAGACGCGGUAUGGCCAGUUGUGAAAUGGGUAAAACGUCAACGAGAAGCUACUUUGGUCAGUACAGUCUUAAAAGGCAUUUAUGAAGAUAAGCAUAAAGAUGAUUUGAAGGAUGUAUACGAGAGAAUUCAGACGCUGUACGUUUAUCCGUUGUGCAAUUUAGCCGUGAAAUAUUUCCAAAGGGAUAGAGUUCACGGUCUGUUCCCAGAUGACAAGAAAUGGUUCGUAAAGGGAGUUUCCAAUGGAAGGAUAGCACCUGCUUACAUACAUUUGAGGAAAGAAAAUUUUCUUUUCGGUUCCACGUUGAUGUAUUACAGCAAGCGUCCUGAUGCUUUGUUAGCAGCAUUUGAAAUUGUCUCCUAUAGUCACUGCCUUUUGACAAAUUCACAAAGUUCCACUAUCACUUUUAUUGGUAGACAGGAUGAUAAUACUGUGGUUCAAGAAAUUUCUAGAUGUUGGGUCAAAAACAUACGUCAAAGAGGUAUUUUUACGAAACUUCGCGAUGGCAAGAAGUUAAAGGCGAAUGAAUGUGACGUUUUUAAGGAGUUCGUAGAAGAAGUUCUGCCUGGAUUUAAUUUCAGUAAUCUUGAGUUAGUUCCCUCAAAUUGUUGGCUCCUCAUUAUAACUUUAGUCUACUAUAUUUUAAAGAAAAACAAGUAUUUCAUCGAUGCCGCGUACUGCAUACUUUUAUCGUAUAUUGUUUUAGGGCCAGUGUCAAAAAGGGUUGAUAAAUUUAAAAAGGCUGAAUCAGAGUCACAUAUUGAAAUUGAUUGUAUGUUUUUUUAUAACAAUUUAAAAUUUAUGUUCGAAAAGGCAGACCUGAGUCAAAAGUACAAUAGUAGCGCUGUGUCUUCAUUUUUAGAAUUUCAACAUUGCUUACAGCAUAUGAAUUAUUUGAAUAAGCUUUGCGGUGAAAAGAUCCCCUGUACCGUUUACCACAAAACUUACAAUGCAACAUUUAUUUAUAACUUAUUUACGUUUAUUGAUAACAAAAAUCAUCUAAUGGAAUAUUUAGAAAGCAAGUUUGCAGGGUCAUUUUGUUUGAAAAUGUAUAAAAACGUUGUCGAUGGUUUUGAGAAUUGUCUCAAACCAGAGGGAUGGAGCUAUACAACCUACAUAGCUCCGUCCCUCUUGCACUGAUCAGUGAUCGACCAUUCUGACACAAUUGUAAUAGCAGACUAAGGCCCCUGGAUGUAUAAAAUCCGAGAUGCAAAUUCAACGUGUCAUGCGGGCUGCAUACAAUGAGAGCAACAGUCGUAAGAAAAUAAAAAUAUGUGUCUAAUAUUUUAAAAUAAUCUAUAAGACGGACAUUACAAUAAAAAUUAGUCAUCCAAUAUAUUGGCGAAGUGUGUUUGUAGUUAUUUAAAAAAUAUUAUUAUAUUUAAAAAAUAAUAUGAAUAUAUUUAUUAGACAUAAGUUUAGUUUAGUUAACAUUAUAAAAUUAUUAUUUUAUUAUUUUCAGCUUACUCACGUAACUAUUUGACGAGGAACUCUACUACUUUCAAGCCAUGCUAGAAGCUUAUAUUCAUGAGCAACGUCGCGCUGCUACCGAGUCUCUAGUUUGGCUUGAAACUACUCGAGAUUCUCGUCAAAUAGUUACGUGAGUAAGCCAAAAAAACAUAAUAAUUAUUUUAGUAUUUAGUAGUAUUUUAAAUAUUAUUUAAGUUGUAUUUUAUAAGUAGCAUUAAAACAUGUAAUUUAAGAAGUAUUUAAAUAGGUAAAUAAAUAUAUGGAAUUAUGAUAUAUGCAUAGAAUCUCAUACGAAGGUUAUAAUAUAAACAUUAUAAAGUAGGUACCUAGUUACUUAUACAUUAAUUACCAUGUAUUGUAUUUCUGACUAAACAACUAUGUAAUCUGAUUUAGAAAUAAAUAAGCAUGCUAGGUACGUUCCUAUAUAGACUGAUGUACAAUAUGUAAUUGGUGAAAGGUUUAUUUGUACUAAUUAUACCUAGAGUAAGUACAUUUAUUUCGAUAGAACUUAUUUUAAUUAUCACCUAACCUUAAGUGGAAAAUGUAUUUAUUGUAUUUUCGGAUUCAAAUAAAUGACUAUUUACACAACCUA